AUGUUUUCUCGAGCGUUCCGAGGAUCCCGUGCUAGUUUACGGCACUUUUCCACAAAACCGCCUCCAAAAAAAUCCCUCCAAUGGACGGCAGGCAUUCUCCUCUUCUCUAGCGGCCUUGCUGCUGGAGGCUACUUUGCUGGAAGACACCAGAAGAAAGAACAAGUUUCGAUCCAGGACUUGCUGGCGUCCACAACGCCACUUAGCUCCGUGGAAACUCCGAAAUACGCCAACGACGACGAGUUUGCCGCUGCCCUCAAGGAGAUAACCAAGAUCGUCGGAAAGAAGAACGUCACCUACGAUAAGGAUGUACUUGUGGCACACAACGACUCAUCCUACAGCACCCACCACCCACCUGAGCCUGAAACACAAAGACCCAGCAUCGUCAUUUACCCCUCUUCGACCCAGGAGGUGUCGGAUGUUUUGAAGGUGGCCCACAAAUACAGGGUUCCUGUUGUUGCAAAUUCCGGUUUGACUUCCUUGGAGGGCCACAACAUGCACACACGAGGCCCCAAUUCGAUUUCUCUUGCAUUUGGCAAUCUCAAUGAGGUGUUGGAAUUCCACCCUGAUGACCUUGACGUCGUGGUCCAGCCCGGUGUGGGCUGGCAAGAUCUCGAUGACUACUUGCUUGAUCUGGAAGACGGAAAACACUUGAUGUUUGGUCCUGACCCGGGUAUGGGAGCGGCAAUUGCAGGUAUGGUUGGUACUUCUGCCAGUGGAACUAACGCCUACAGGUACGGUACCAUGAAAGAGAAUGUGGUGAACUUGACCGUGGUACUUGCAGAUGGCACUGUAGUGAAGACUCGCCAGAGACCGAAGAAGUCCAGUGCCGGCUACGACUUGACACAUAUCUUUAUCGGCUCCGAGGGCACGUUGGGCAUAAUCACCGAAAUCACAGUAAAACUUCAGCCUAGACCCAAGGAGGAGCUUGUGUGUAUUGCAUCGUUCCCUACGAUCAAGGACGCUGCUUCCACGGCACAGAGCAUUAUCAAUAAGUCGGGCAUCCAGGUCAAUGCGUUGGAGUUGUUGAACGAGACGACCACGUCUUUCGUAAACGCAGCAGGCACACUGUCGAAGAAGUUCUUGGAGAAACCCACUUUGCUUGUUAAGGUCGGUGGUGUUUCUGCAAACACAGUUAACGAGCAGCUUGAGGUUGUCAACAGAAUUUCUGAAGAGAAUAAUGUGAUUCAGUUUGAGCGUUCCCAGAACAAAGAGGAGAACGGUGUUUUGUGGACCGCUAGAAGACAGGGACUCUGGCUGACACUAGACUAUGGCUCUAAAGUUUUGGCCGAUCCAAACGACGUUAAUGUUUGGACAACCGAUGUUGCUGUUCCUGUUUCGAAGUUAGCCCAAGUGGUUGACGAGACCAACGAGGAUUUGACAAACUCCAUUUUCAAAGGCAAGUUCUCUGUCAUGGGCCAUGUCGGCGACGGAAAUUGCCACUUCUUGAUUCUCUACAACACUCCCGACUAUAUGGAGUGCAAGAAAUACGUUGACAGAAUGGUGGACCGUGCUAUUAAGUACGGCGGAACUUGUACUGGAGAGCAUGGCGUUGGUGUUGGUAAAAGAGCAUACUUGGAGGCAGAAUUGGGCAAGAACGCUGUUGACUUGAUGAGACAUUUGAAGUAUUCAUUAGAUCCAAGGGCUAUUCUCAACCCUGAUAAGGUGGUCCAGAUCGAUCCUCACGACAAGCUUGACGAGCAGCUCAACUCUGGUCAUGUUCAUGAGGUGCAAAAGUGCUGCUAG